AUGGCAUGGUUGUAUGAUGAGGGGUGUAGGGAGGUGGUCCAGCAGUCGUGGCAGGAAGGACGGGGACAGGGUUUGCAGAGCUGUAUUGAAUACUGUGGGAAUCGGUUAACACGAUGGGGUGGAGACCAGUACCACAAAUAUGGCAAACAGAUUAAUGACCUAAACAAGAAGCAGCAACGGUUGAGGGGAUGUACUGAUCCGGCCUCACUUGCAGAGUUUCAGCGCUUAGAGCAGCUUCUAAGUCGCACUGAAGCCCAAGAGGAUGCUUACUGGAGGCAGAGAGCUAAGCAGCAUUGGCUCAAUGAGGCCGCUGCCAAUACGAAGUUCUUUCACAGGUAUGCUUCUCAUCGUAAAAAGAAGAAUACUAUAUCUAGAUUAAUGAAUGAUAAUGGGGACUGGGUGGAAGGGGAGCCUAUGAGAAAUAUUAUUUUUGAAUACUUCAAUCAUAUUUUCUACUCUGAAAAUCCAGGAUCUUGA